AUGAAUAUCCUUAGACUUAACAAUUACAAUCUACGGACAACUGUCUUAAAACCUUGGAACCAUGUAGGCCAAUUGAUUGCUCCUGCAUCAACUCACAUGAUAACAAGAUCAUACCUCACCAAAUCGUCACCACUGGCUAUAACGACACACAAAUUGAACCAUUCUUCCUCAUACAGUUCAGGGAACAUAAAAAAUUUAUUGCUGAUUAAAGCUAGAUACUCAACAAGAACGGCACCACCACCACCUCCUCCACCACCACCAUCAGAUAAGAACCUUAAGGGUAAACGGAUUCUCAAUAGAAUAUCGCGUGCAUUCACAUUUUCUGCGUCAACACUCCUCGUUAUUGGUGCAGCAGGAGUUGCAGUUCUUGUGCUAUACUUGAUCAUUUCAGAGUUGUUUUUCCCACUGGGCGACACAAGGACUUUUAAUAAGGCAGUUGACUUGAUCCAACAAAACGAAGAGGCACAAAAAAUCUUGGGGUUCACCAAAGGCGAAAGAUUGAAAGCAUAUGGAAUAGUAAGCGCUGAUAAAUGGGUUAGAAAUAGACCCGUGCAAAGCAUCAAGAGGAAAAACCCAGAAGAUGGGAAGGAUCAUUUGUAUAUGAAAUUUAAAGUAGAAACCGCAACCGGUGCAUACGGUGUCGUGACUUUAGAGCAAAUUGACGAUUCUUGGUGGAGUACCAAGUUCAAGUAUAUAGCUUUAGAUGUGCCUGGUCAUAGAACAGUGUAUGUUAUUGCUCCACCAAGACCAAAAGUUGCGCCUUCCAUUGGGAAAGGUACUGGAUUUUUGGGCUUGAACUGGGGUCCAAAGAAAGAUUGA